CUAGGGCCUAGGCGCAGACGCACUAAGCCCAAGCAGCCGGUGAUGGCGGCAGCAGCGGCCGUGGCUGCAGCGGGUCCGGGCCCAUGAGGCGACGACGGAGGCGGGACGGCUUUUACCCAGCGCCGGACUUCCGAGACAGGGAGGCUGAGGACAUGGCAGGAGUGUUUGACAUAGACCUGGACCAGCCAGAGGACGCGGGCUCUGAGGAUGAGCUGGAGGAGGGGGGUCAGUUAAAUGAAAGCAUGGACCAUGGGGGAGUUGGACCAUAUGAACUUGGUAUGGAACAUUGUGAGAAAUUUGAAAUUUCGGAAACUAGUGUGAACAGAGGGCCAGAAAAAAUCAGACCAGAAUGUUUUGAGCUACUUCGAGUACUUGGUAAAGGGGGCUAUGGAAAGGUUUUUCAAGUACGAAAAGUAACAGGAGCAAAUACUGGGAAAAUAUUUGCCAUGAAGGUGCUUAAAAAGGCAAUGAUAGUAAGAAAUGCUAAAGAUACAGCUCAUACAAAAGCAGAACGGAAUAUUCUGGAGGAAGUAAAGCAUCCCUUCAUUGUGGAUUUAAUUUAUGCCUUUCAGACUGGUGGAAAACUCUACCUCAUCCUUGAGUAUCUCAGCGGAGGAGAAUUAUUUAUGCAGUUAGAAAGAGAAGGAAUAUUUAUGGAAGACACAGCCUGCUUUUACUUGGCAGAAAUCUCCAUGGCUUUGGGGCAUUUACAUCAAAAGGGGAUCAUCUACAGAGACCUGAAGCCGGAGAAUAUCAUGCUUAAUCACCAAGGUCAUGUGAAACUAACAGACUUUGGACUAUGCAAAGAAUCUAUUCAUGAUGGAACAGUCACACACACAUUUUGUGGAACAAUAGAAUACAUGGCCCCUGAAAUCUUGAUGAGGAGUGGCCACAAUCGUGCUGUGGAUUGGUGGAGUUUGGGAGCAUUAAUGUACGACAUGCUGACUGGAGCACCCCCGUUCACUGGGGAGAAUAGAAAGAAAACAAUUGACAAAAUACUCAAAUGUAAACUCAAUUUGCCUCCCUACCUCACACAAGAAGCCAGAGAUCUGCUUAAAAAGCUGCUGAAAAGAAAUGCUGCUUCUCGUCUUGGAGCUGGUCCUGGGGAUGCUGGAGAAGUUCAAGCUCAUCCGUUCUUCAGGCAUAUUAACUGGGAAGAACUGCUAGCUCGGAAGGUGGAGCCCCCCUUUAAACCUCUGUUGCAAUCUGAGGAGGAUGUGAGUCAGUUUGAUUCAAAGUUUACACGUCAGACACCUGUUGACAGCCCAGAUGACUCAACUCUCAGUGAAAGUGCCAACCAAGUCUUUCUGGGUUUUACAUAUGUUGCUCCAUCUGUACUUGAAAGUGUAAAAGAAAAAUUUUCCUUUGAACCAAAAAUCCGAUCACCUCGAAGAUUUAUUGGCAGCCCGCGAACACCUGUCAGCCCAGUCAAAUUUUCUCCUGGGGAUUUCUGGGGAAGAGGCGCCUCAGCCAGCACAGCAAAUGCGCAGCCGCCUGUGGAAUACCCAAUGGAAACAAGUGGAGUAGAGCAAAUGGAUGUGACAAUGAGUGGGGAAGCUUCAGCACCACUUCCCAUCCGGCAGCCAAACUCUGGGCCGUACAAAAAACAAGCUUUUCCCAUGAUCUCCAAACGACCAGAGCACCUACGUAUGAAUCUAUGACAAAGCAAUGAUUUUAAUGAAUUUAAGGCAAGAAAAGGGUGGGGAAGGGAUGUGUGACCAUCCUGUAAAGUGAAACAAGAAGACUCAAAGACAGUUUCGAAGAGUCUGUGUCAUUACAUUGAACACUUUGGACAGAGGAAAAAUAAACAUGGAUUUAAAAAAAAUCAAUCAAUGGUGCAAAAAAAAAAAAACAAACAAACCUUAAGCAUAAUAGUAUUGUGGAACUCUUAGGCACAUCAAUUAAUUGAUUCUUAGCGACAUCUUCUCAACCUUAUCAAGGAUUUUCAUGUUGAUGGCUCAAAACUGACAGUAUUAAGGGUAGGAUGUUGCUUCUGAAUCACUGUUGAGUUCUGAUUGUGUCGAAGAAGGGUUAUCCUUUCAUUAGGCAAAGUAUGAAAUUGCCUGUAAUACUUGCAACUAAGGACAAAUUAGCAUGCAAGCUUGUUCAAACUUUUUCCAGCAACAUGGAAUCAAAGACAAAAGAAACUUAACAGUUGAUGUUUUACGUGCAAACAACCUGAAUCUUUUUUUUAUAUAAAUAUAUAUUUUUCAAAUAGAUUUUUGAUUCAGCUCAUUAUGGAAAACAUCCCAACUUUAAAAUGCAAAAUUAUUGGUUGGUGUGAAGAAAGCCAGACAACUUCUGUUUCUUCUCUUGGUGAAAUAAUAAAAAUGCAAAUGAAUCAUUGUUAACCACAGCUGUGGCUCGUUUGAGGGGUUGGGGUGGACCUGGGGUUUAUUCUCAGUAACCCAGCUGCAAUACCUGUCUGUAAUACUAGGAAAAAAAUCUAUUUAAUCAUUUAUACUUGCAGUACUGCUAUGUGCUAAGCUUAACUGGAAGCUUUGGAAUGGGCAUAAUUUGUAUGUCCUACAUUGCAUCCUUGUCCCGGGCCUGCGUUGCACUGGAAAAAUACCACCACCUGUUCUUACACCAGUAUUUGGUUCAAGACGCCAAAUAUUUUCAGCCCAUGGUUGAAGAAGGAUGGAAAAGAGUCAGGAUAAAAUGCAUACUGAGGGCAGUAAAGUGGGGGAGAGAGGGAGAUCCAGGGGAAGAGGGUGUUGUCAUGUUCCACUCUCUGUGUCUAAUCUCUUAGCAGCAAAUUGUUAAGAUUUUAUGUUUUACUUUUAACUGUUUUUGCUACCUUCCUUACAUUUUUUUUCCUCAGCAGUUUCAAAAGGAAAAAGAGUUUCUUUCUCCUAUACUGGGGCUACAUUUUUUGAUUGUAAAAACAUUUGAUGGCCUUUUGAUGAAUGUCUUCCACAGUGAAUAAGAAAACUUAGUGGCUUAAUUUAAGAAACAUGUGAACAAGACAUUAUGUUUUUGAAAUUGUAACAAAAUCUACAUAAGUGAUAUACAGGUACAAAGAAUAAAAAUAAAGGUGACUUUACCUUUCUUAAAUA